CUUAACAUUACAAAUUUGGGGCUGAUAGGAAUAUGGAAUUUGCUGGAAGAUACGGUUUUCAACAUCUUCCCCUCGAGAAGUUCCCUUGCUGGGAGAAUAAGGAGAUAAAGGAAAAGUUAACCAAGUGGUCCAUGCUGGACGGAAUUCGGUUGAAGGCGUACUCCUUCACGCGUCCCUUUAAGGACUAUUUACACGAGGAAUUCAUCAAGAAAUUUUUUGCAUGUCCAGUCGUCACUUCAACUUUUGAGACGGCGAACAACUUCAAAUUCGCACCCAUUGGCACCCCAGCCGAACUCGUCAAAUUCAGUAAAGUCUCCUGCACCCACACAACAAUGGAAUUGUUCGACAAGCUCACCCAAAACGAGGCAAUUGUUCGCCAAUGUGGAGGAAUUGUUCAAUGCGCUCCGGAAUAUGUUCGUCUCCUUGACUUUACCGAAGGCGGUGGUGAUCAGCACAGCGAUCAUUUGGAACUGGAGGUUAACGACAACCUCAGAAAGACCAUUCUGACCACCUUAAUCCCACCUCUGGCCAGAUCAUCAGAAUUGGAGAUUGAGCCCGAUCUCGAAAACGUCUUCAGCUCCGAGGACACAAAAGAAUUCCUCUUUCAACUUUUCGCACACUUGGUCCUGGGUGGAUCCCUGUGUCAAUAUGAGGAUUACAUCACCCAAUACUUGGAGGUGACUAAGGUCCUCUACAAAAAUCUCGUCUCAGUCAUGCUAACCCCCGAGGAAGAGGGGUUGAGUGUGGUCUCAUCCAUUUUUAAAAUCCAUUCCAUUUCAAACCCGGCUUUUUCAAGGGGUAAAAACCUAUUAUUUGGCAGACAGCAUAUCAACAACUUUUGCUACCUCAUUGUCAAUCCGUAUAAACAGAUUUGUUUCACUUUUUACCAUAAUGUUUAGGUCAAUAUUGUGUAAUGUCAUUUGCGGCGAAUGAGAAAUGUGUACAGUAAACAACAUAAUAAAAA